GUCCUUCCGCAAUGGUUGUUCCUGAAUCUCAGGACAAAAUGUUCUACCCUCCUGGCGACCUGCAGAGGGAUGCUCAUGUACCUGACUUUAACUCCUACCUGGCAUCUUACAGGAAGUCUCUAGAGAAUCCAGAAGCUUUCUGGAAGGAGAUUGCCGAUGAGUUCUUCUGGAAGACGCCGGCCACGGGGCCGAUGCUGCAGCACAACUUUGACGUGACAAAGGGGAGCAUUUACGUGAAAUGCAUGGAGGGGGCCAAAACCAACAUGUGCUAUAACGUCCUGGACCGGCAUGUGAAGGAGGGCGGCCUCGGAGAGAAGGUGGCCUAUUACUGGGAGGGGAACUCACCCGACCAUCACAUGACCAUCACCUACUGCCAGCUGCUCAGCCAUGUCUGCCGCUGCGCCAACGUCCUCAAGCAAAUGGGUGUGAAAAAGGGCGACAGGGUGUCCAUCUAUCUGCCCAUGAUCCCAGAGCUGGUCUACACCAUGCUGGCCUGUGCCCGGAUAGGUGCUGUCCACUCCAUCGUGUUUGCAGGUUUUUCCUCAGAGUCUCUCUGUGAGAGGAUCAUGGACGCCCAGAGCAGCGUUUUGGUGACGGCAGACGGCGUUUACCGAGGAGAGAAGCUCAUCAGCCUGAAGCAGAUUGCAGACGAGGCUCUGGAGAAGUGCCGGGAAAAAGCGUCUUGCAGCGUCACCAAAUGCCUCGUCGUGAAGCAUCAUGCACUGAGGACAAAAACUGGAGCUGCAUGCAACAAACUGCAGACCCCCUGGGACGCCGAGUGUGACGUGUUUUGGGACGAGGCGAUGAAAGAAUCUCCUGAUGUGUGUGAGCCUGAGUGGCUGGACGCCGAGAACCCGCUGUUCAUCCUCUACACCAGCGGCUCCACCGGCAAACCCAAGGGCGUUCUCCACACCGUCGCCGGCUACCUGCUCUACACAUCACUGACCUUCAAAUAUGUCUUCGAUCAUCACCACGACGACGUGUACUGGUGCACGGCCGACAUCGGCUGGAUCACCGGUCACUCCUACAUCACCUACGGGCCCCUCGCUAACGGAGCCACCAGUGUUCUGUUUGAAGGAAUCCCUGUCCACCCCCACGUCGGCCGAUUCUGGGAGAUCAUUGAGAAGUACAAAGUGACCAAGUUCUACACGGCGCCCACUGCGAUCCGCCUGCUGAUGAAGUACGGGAAGGAACCUCUGCAGAAGUACGACCUGUCCAGUCUGAGGAUUCUGGGUACUGUAGGCGAGCCGAUCAACCCCGAGGCGUGGCAGUGGUACCAUGAGGCGGUGGGUCAGGGCCGGUGUCCAGUGGUCGACACCUUCUGGCAGACAGAGACAGGAGGUCAUGUGUUGACUCCUCUACCUGCUGCUACGCCGCUGAAACCAGGAUCUGCUACCUUUCCUUUCUUCGGUGUGGAGCCGACCAUCCUCAGCGAACAUGGAGAGGAGCUAGAAGGUGAAGCUGAGGGUUAUCUGGUGUUCAGGAGGCCCUGGCCUGGAAUAAUGCGCACUGUGUACAAAAACCAUGAGCGCUUCGAGAACACCUACUUCAAGAAAUUCCCAGGCUUCUACGUGACCGGCGAUGGCUGCAGGCGGGAUAAAGACGGCUAUUACUGGAUCACGGGGAGGAUAGACGACAUGCUCAACGUGUCAGGCCACCUGAUGAGCACAGCGGAGGUGGAGGCGGCUCUGACGGAGCAUCCAGCUGUGGCAGAGGCUGCCGUGGUGAGCCGACCUCACAAGGUGAAGGGAGAGUGUCUCUACUGCUUCGUCACCCUCAAAGACCACCGAGAGUUCAGCCACAUGCUGGUGGAGGAGCUCAAGAGACAGGUGAGAGAGAAAAUCGGACCAAUCGCGACACCAGACUUCAUUCAAAACGCCCCAGCGCUCCCGAAAACUCGUUCAGGGAAGAUCAUGAGGCGAAUCCUCCGGCAGGUCGCCAGGAACGAGAAGGACCUGGGCGACCUCUCCACGCUGGCCGACCCCAAGGUGGUGGAGGAGCUGUUCAGCCAGAGAUGUGAAGCUGCAGCCUGAACCGACGGACCUGCGUCUCUGUAGCAUGAAGACAAUCACCAACUGCUGGCUCUGGAUCAACGUUUCAGUGUUUGUGUGCACUAUUUGGGACUGAAUGACGUGGCUGGGAUCAGAAAAGAUGUUUAUGUUUUAUGUGGAGAAGAAGGAAGCUGACGAUAACAAAUAAUGCCUGUAGAUGUGUUGAUACGGGUUUGGUGGAGGUUUGGGCCAAUAUGUCGCUCAACUGAACAGAAAUUUAAAGGCAGCAUGUCAUGUUUUAUUAAAUCGCAACCUUUUAAUUUAACAUCGGGACGUCUCCACAACACUAAACACACUGUAUUUGAAAUCAUAAUUAGUAGAUGGAGAAUAGAGUUAAUGAAGUUGGUUGGAGGUGGUUUGCUGUCCACCGUAAGGACUUGAUAGGUUUGACGGACUGGAUCAUGUUGACAGACAUCCAGUGUCUCGUAGAUGUUGGAUUGUUGACAUAUUAGGGGAGUUGCUUUGUUAAAACGUUGAAAGGCACAAAAAAUGAAUGUGAUAACUAUGAGUGGAGAGUUUCAUCUUGAUAUCGUUGGGCUUUGACAUCGAUGAAAUGUAGAUAGGGUCUUUGACAAUGUUGAUUUCCGCAUAACAUUUCUUUUAUCGACACUAAACACGACAUCUCUAUAGAGCUAAAACCAAGAAUAGUCAGUGAAAGAAGUAUCCUCCAUCUAGCUAGUGUCAAAUAAACAUGGACGGUUACCAACUGUUUAGCACAAAUACUGACCAAACUGUCAAAAAUUAACACUGUUUAACGAGGUUUUACCUUAUGUUGUGAUUUCAUCGUCACCCCAGCUUCUUCUUCAUUUUACCCACAGAAAACCUACCCAGGAAUUAGUCUGAUCCUUACACGCUGUGAGCAUUUAAAACCCAUCUUCAUUCCAGAUCUGGACCAGAUACAGCAUCUGACCUUUGUUCUAAACCUGCACACAAAAAUACAGAAAGGCACAUUCAAUAAUAUUCAAUUUAAAAAAAGUUCUUCUUGGUUUUUGUUUGAAGCCAAAGCAGCUGAUGGUCAAAGGAGAGUCUGUGGUCAAACUAUCUGAUUCUUGUCCUUCUAAGUCAACUCUGUGGUUAAGAAUUAGUCCCCAGUUGAACAUAUUUUUUGCACUUUUAGCUAACUUUAACCAUCUUCUACCAACAAUAAAACAGAUUUUGAAGCGUUUCUCUUGGCAAGUAAAGAAGGCGUGGUGCGUUUGUUUUUUUGUUCAGUAUAACUCUUGAAGCCUUUCAUGUCUCAUUUUGUUGAAAGAAGAAAUUCUGCUUCUAUUUUCAAAUCUUGAAAUAGAAAUACCUGCUUUGCACAGCUUGUUUGUGACUGAUGUAUAUUUCCAAUCUGUGAAUUAAAUCUGACCUGAGAAUGCA